UAAUAUUCCAUUGCACACACGUGUGCGUGCAUGCGUGUGUGUGUGUGUGUGUGUGUGUGUGACAUUUUCUUUAUUCAUUCAUCCAUUAGUAGAACAGAGGUUGCUUCCAAGUUUUGGCUGUGGUGAAAAAUGCUGGCAUGAACAGGACCAACUUUUUUUUUCCUUCUCUCUCUCCCUAAUAUUAUGUUUCCAUGUUUUGUGUACAUUCUCACUUUUCUCACUCUUUUUCUUUUCUCUUUAAGCAAUGCUAGGCUAAAUUGAGACUUAGAAAAUGUGUUGAUGGUGUUUGGUCUCUCCCGACCUGGCCUCAGCUGCCCCAUCUCCAUUCUGACCUUUCUUUUCCAGAUACUCAUUCCUCUUACAUUUUUACUAAUUAAUUACCCUAACUGUGGCAUUUUAUUCUCCUCUACAUUCAUUGAUCCUUAGCUGAUCUGUGUUCCACCUCUUGGGACCCAGUUGAAAGGCUGAAUUUCAGCUGAGAAAGUCAAAAUGGAAUUUUUCUAGUUCUGUGAUAAUUUCUGCUUUUAUUCGCUGGGAUUCUUUUAAAUGGGUGAAGUUUCCAUCAUCAGUUACUUGGUUAUCCUGAAAUAUAGUUUGGAAAGAGAAAAUGGUAUGUUAUUCAGCCUUGCCUUGUAUUUAUCAUUUGUCAGAAUGAUGAAUUGGGGCUCCAGCACCUUUUACUGGUGGUCACUAGUGAGCUGUUCUUUACUGUUUUGGGGGUGGAGGUGGAAGGACCUCUUAUCAACUCAUUAUACACUCACGGACUUUAUAGAAUUGAUACGUUUGAAUCAGUUGCAGUCCUUCUUUUUGAUAUUCAAAUUGUCCUGUCUUGGGCCAGUGGAGGCUCCUUCUAGAGGGUUUGCAUGUCUCCUUGACACCACCCUAUUAGUCUGAACCACUGACUUCUGGGCAGCACUUUCCACCUCGUUAAGUAAUUGGAUUAGUUGGUCUUUAAGAUUCCUUUCAGUUCUAGCUUUCCUGCCAAAAAAAAAAGGUGCCACUUUUAAUAUCCUACAAUAAACUCUUUUAUGCUGGAAAUACACUAUUUUGAUUUUUUUCCCUUUUGAGUUCACCGAGCAGGUAACUUUAUGCAUUGGAAAAUAUGAAAUGUUUUUGUUUCCCCCCUUCCUACCUUUUAGCUCUCACUUACGUAACACUGGCUCAGGAUCCUUCCAUUCUCUAAACUCAGUAUCUAGGCAGAAAAACAAAACAAAAUAAGCGGUAGAAACAUUUCUAUCCUUAAGGCUGUAAUGAGGCUUACCAAGGAAGUACCUGAUUUUGAAGAUGGAUUUUUUUUUUGAAAUAUACCAGCAUUAGUUGUUACUAUUCCAAAUGCGAUAUUUUUCUCACCUUUUAGUUGAGGCAGGAAGAAUGGAUAGCUGUGUUUUAUCCCAUAGCCCUGGUAAGGCAGAAUGAAGAGAUGAGGGGGGCUUGAAGCACCCCAGUGAGCUGUUCGGGAAGUCCAGAAGGCUGCAAAGCCAGCCAGCUCUUGCCAGGUGGCUGCAGAGUCAGCCCCAGUUCCUACAAGCCGAGAGCUGGAGUCGGUCCAUCCAGGCAGGGCCUGAACCAGAUCCAGGCAGCUGGGCCAAGUUGAGGCUGUCCCUGGGACCAGAAGGUAUAACCAGAGGGAAGCACGGAUUUAAAUUCCAGGGCAUGAGACAAAAGCUCAUCAUAUCGAAGGAGAGGGAGCUGAAAUGACUGUUGUAUAAAAUGCUGGAAGCACACUGUCUCAUGCUAAACCGGCUGCAGAAAACUUAAGUGCCUGAUUUUUGUUUCUGUCUGUGCCCUGUGGAGCACAUGUGACUUCAAAGGCAGCUCUGUAGGGUGCAGGGAGAAAAGAGCAUGCUUUUAUUUCCAAUUUUGGCACAAAUCUUCCAAACUGUUUUUGAUGGCCAGGGAACAAAACUGGAAUUCCCUCUGGAUUCACUUGCAUGUAGCAGGCCCGCCUUCGUUUUCCUCUGGUGACAACUUUCCCUUCUUCAACCUGUGCUUCCUCCCUACUUGGAGGCUUUAUUUUGUAUGAAAAAGGCAAGGCUGCCACUAGAUGAUUUCAGGUGAAGCCUCGAGACAUGAGCUCAUCCAUUGCACUGCGCCCCCCCCCCCCCAAGUUCUUCCUACCGUAAAACGUGUUUUCAGAAUUGAAAACAGUGGUUUAGUUUAUAAGACUGUUUAAAACUAUGAAACACCUUUUUAAUAUGAGUCUUAGGUUGUGAAAAGGAGCUCCUGGUUUCAUUUCGGUAAGACGAGACAUCUUGUUGAAGAGCGAAUAUAGCUUCAGCCUGUUGCGUGUGCCUGCUGUGUGUGUCUGUGUGUGUGAGCUUCUCGAGACCCAGAGUUUCCAUUAAUUCUAGAAAGUGGAGACAUUGGAGCUGUUUUCAACGACUCCAUCUCUCCCUUACCAGCCCCAGAUGGUUCUUUGAGGUAUGUUUUGGGGAAAGGUUUCCUUUGUGGCCUCUUUGCCUCCCCCCACCCCCCGCCCCCGCCCGGGCCCCGAGCUACUCCUUCACACCCAGGCUUCACUGCAGACUGAUUCAGGCUAUGCUCUUUGUUAUUUCUUUUGGCCUGUUUAUUCCUGAUCAUUUUGUAGUACUUUUUUCCAAAUCGUACAUUCCCUGUUGCGUUUGAAACUUUGGAUCCUGAUACUGUAGCAGGGCGGUGGUUCUGCUUGACUUAAAGAGUGAUCCUAAUGAGCCAAAAGUGGCGGUGGUUUUUAUGACCAUGACGGGUCUUGUGACCUCUCAGGAAGAAACUGCCACUCUGUGGCCCUGGUCUGAUUAUUACAGGUCAGCAAAUGAAGGGCAAGGUAUUAUUAGGCCUGAUAGAUUGGCCAUUAGACUUCUGUAUCCCUGGAUUAAUAACUCAUAGUUCUUUGGUCUUUCUUGUUGUUUGUGAUGGUGCCUUAAAUGAUAAAGAACAGUAAUACAGUAGUGAUAAUAGUUAUAUCAACGUGCUAAAAGAUUUACUCUUCUCCCCCUUCAUCCUCCAUUAAAAUAGAACCCUCUCUGAAGAGUUAGGUUAUGAGUAGAACGAAUAUAUGUUGGUCUAGUCAGCAGUAUUAUGAUCUAAAAGCAUUUAUCAAAGGGCCAAGUAUAGGAGGUACGAUAUGAAAUUCUCUACAUACCAAAAGUCAUUUGUUAUCUGCCUCUUUGGUCUACCUUCUAUAUGCAAAAAAUUGCUUAAAAAGGUGCUAGUGAACACCACACUCACAUAUGGAGAUUUCCUUCAAAGAGCUUUACGGAUAUAUUCCAGUAGAGAAAAAAAAAAACCCGCCUCAUG